AUGGUCGACGCGCCCAAUGAGAACGAGCCGAGCCGGGAGUAUGUGGUCACGGUCGAUCGGAGUGGCGGCCGAAAGCUGGGCAUCGACGUGGCAGAAGGUGAAGAGUUGUCGGAUCCCUUGGUGGUGAUCUCCAUCAAAGAGGGUCUUAUCGACGACUGGAACCAUUCCAAUGAUCAGGAGGUGCUUUGUGGGCACCACUUGGUGGAGGUGAACGGAGUUCGAGCAAAUGCCCGUGAACUGAAGAACCUGUGCCGCUCCGUCACGGGGCCCUUGCGGCUGGUUCUACGAGUGCCUCCCGACGAGGUGACCGGCCUACAUGGAGCGCUUCCUGCAUGCGCAGAGGCAAAAGCUGUCCAGGCAGGCUCCCGGGCGGGCGAAGUCAUGCGACGGAAGUUGGAGUUGCUAAAGAGCUGCUGGAUGUGUGUGACUUGGUUCCUGUACACGCACGAGCUCUUGGGUAAGUUCGCGAGGCUCAGCAGCGCCUUUGCUGCCCUCCUGGGAGAUGAACGCUGCUGGCAGACGCUAUCCUUGCCCAAGAGUCCUGCCAUGACCCAACGGCUGCUGAAGCUGAUGCUAGUGGAGGAGCAGGAGUUGUGGGCCUGGCCCCUGUGUCAAGUACAGCAGGUUGACUUAGAAGAAGGUGAAGCUCGGAGCCCAGUGAACAGCUGUUGGAGCUCGCAGAUGCCAUGGCCAUGCCUCCGGUCCCCUGUUGGACUUGAUUUUACUGACGCAAAGCACAGUACGCUGGAACAGCUCCGCACCUUGCUGAUGAAAAAGCUUGAUGUGGAGGACAACCUGCAGCGGCUGAUCCUACGGAACAUCCCCAUUUCCGCCAAGCCCAGUGAGGCCAGCUACUCACCGUGGGACCAGAAUUUGAUCCGCUUAGUGAACCCCGUCCAUCCGAAAUAUCCUGCGGGCUUUUGCAGUAGCUUUCUGGUCACUGACGAGUUGGGCGCGCUGCGCCAACGCUUCCGCGGCUUUCGCUUUUUCUUGCGCCCUGUACGGCGGGAUGGCGAAGUGCAGCGCGCAUUGGAGGUGACGGCCUUGAGGGGCUUGGCGGGGACACCUUGGACACAGAGAAGCACCGCGAGACACCCCUCCGACCUGGAGAUCGGAGCCAAGGCUGACGAGCUGGUGGAGUUUGAACUUGGCGAGCUCAAGGACCUGCCUCCCUGCCAUAGCGUCGUCACCGAUCGCUUCGAAGAUUGGAAGGAACGAAUGGCCACGAGCUACAAACGCAUGUUGGCCUUGAUCUGA